AUGGACCCAUCAACAGCCAGCAUGGGAGUUCAUCAGCAAUCACAACAAAGCAUUGAUCAUCACAGUAUGCAUCAUCAAGGAAAUAUGAACACCACUCAACCUGGAUCUGCUGCAUCACAAAUUGGAGGCGAUGAUUUUGGGGGCUACACAUUAUUAAAUUACGAAACACCAAAAAUUCCUCAUCUUCUUCAAACGGCACAACUCGAUGUGAAACCUAUCCUCUCACCAAAUAUAGGCAUUUUAGAGGGUCUUUCAAAACCAGCAACCAAUGCUCAAACUCUUUUGAAUACAUCAUCCACCUCAUUGCCAACCUUGUUUCUGUGCGGAACGGAGAAUCAAACACCGAAUGUCAUCAAUCCACAACAAGCCGUGCUUCCAAAAAAUUGUCUACUUUUUGGUAGAAUUGAUCCAUCGACCAAACAACCUCUCCCUCUCAAAUUACAAAAUAUUGAAGAACAUGUGAGAUAUAUUGAAUGGUUACCAAAAGAUCCGAGACGUAUUGUAGUGGCCAUGAAUGCAGAAUUGGGUAUUGUUGUUCUCAAUCCAGAAUUGGAUGAAAUUCAAGAAAUUGACACUUUUCCCAAAUUCCAUCAAGACACUAUUCGACAAUUUGCAAUUAAUCCUGUCAAUCAAUCUCUAGUCAUUAGUGGCGGAUUUGAUGAAAAAGUAUUUGUCACAGAUAUUAGCAAGCUUGUCGAUGACAUUCAGAGCAAUCAAAUGAAAUCAGAAAAUUCAGUCUAUUUGUGUCAAGAUGUUGUCUCGAGUGUGAGAUUUCACCCUUCGGAUUCCAACGUUGCGAGUGCCACUACCGAUCAAGGUGUCCUACAUGUAUUUGAUGUAAGAACAGGUAACACCUCGAAACCAGCAUUUGUUUAUGAUACUGGAAAAAUUGAAUUAUUCACUCACACCUAUUUGGAUGAUUUUACUGUUUGUUUAGGAUAUGGAGAUGGACAAAUUCAAGUACAUGACAUUAGAACUGGAAGAUCUUUAUUGAACAUUGUGGACAAGUGUUUGAGUGUAGUUGGAGAUUUCCAUUAUGAGCCCAAUAAGAGAUUGUUGAUAUCACUCGGAAUGCCAAAAUUUUCCUUGUAUCAAGUCACAGCAUCUUCAUUUGAAGUUCUUCAUGCUGCAGCAUCAUCUUUUGCGAAUACUACAAAUCCAGGUCCAACUGUGACUCAUGGAACCUAUAUUCCACAAACUUCUCAAUUUUUGACAACUGACAAUUAUGGAAUGAUUUCACUCUAUGAUUUGUAA